UUUAAUGCACUGCUGAAUUACAGCAAAACCUUACAGAACAUUACAAACAUCACAAUAACCCACGGCAUUUAUCAUCAGCGCACGUGGUGCACCUGAUACUGUAGAAUAACUGCUGCAGGAUUUUUACUGAUCUGAUUAUUUGGUUUAUUAUUUUGUAAUUAGAAGAUGCCUAAAACCGGGUCCUCGUCUCGCGGCCAGCUGUCUGACAAGGAGGCGCUCGCGCAGAGCUCCGACAAUGGUCCCUUCGUCCCCACGGUUACUGCCAUCGCCACGGCGCCUGAUCUGAAGUGGAUGGUCUUGUCCACUGACAUUUCAUCAGUUGGAGACAAGCAGAAAAAGACACACACACCUCAGAAGAAGAUACACACACCUCAGAAGAAGACGCACACACCCCAGAAGAAGGCACACACUCCUCAGCUGAAGAAAGAACCUGAGACAGGUCCUGGGUUCACUGUUGGCCGGAGGAAAGCACAGAAAGAGCAGCUGUCUCCUGAAGAGGAGGAGAGGAGGAGACUCCGGAGAGAGAGGAACAAACUCGCAGCCGCAAAGUGCAGAGACCGCCGACGUCAACUGACCGACAGCCUGCAGGCUGAGACAGAUAGUCUGGAGGAGGAGAAGGCUGCUCUGGAGGAAGAGAUCAGCAGUCUGAUGAAGGAGAAAGAGCAGCUGGAGCUUCUGAUCAUGUCCCAUAAACCAAACUGUAAAAUCCCCACUGAGACAGAGGAAGAAGAGAAAGAGGAAAUGCAGGUUCCUGAUGAAACAACUCAGAAAAAGUCUCAGGUUCUUCACGUCACAUCAGCCGUGACCUCUUCUGAGAAUCUAGAGAAGAUGGCCGCCUCUCCUGUUCCUCUUCACCAAGAGCCUGUGAUCUCAGGAGAUUCAGACGUGCUGCUGUGCUCCAGCGCUGAGUUGGAGCCCUACAUCGACAUCAAGGAUGUGGCCAUGGAGGAGUUUGGAUCCAAAAUGGAGUAUGAUGACGAUGACAUGGACCUGCUGGUACCCGACAUCGACUUAAGUGCCUCUCUGGGCCUCAGCGAGUGGGAAACGCUCUACAUGAGCAUGGGAGGAAAUCUGGAGCCACUAACAUUUGAUUUCAGUCAGGGCGAGGAGUGUGAGGGUGGGAAAACAAAACCUGCAGCCGAAAACUCCACCCUGCUGAAGUUAUGAAGCUCUGAGCUGAAGAAGAGACAAGGUUAAUAUACAGAAUGACAAAAGAUUCACUAAUUUCUCUAAUCUCUGAGCUUAUUCACCCACUCACCUCCCAAACACAUGAAACCCCAUCUAAAACAACCAAACCAUAAGAAUCUCAACCUAAACAUCUUAAUCUUUACCAAAAUAUCACAAAUCCCAUUCGAAAUUUCCAAAUCUCCAACCAUACACACUAUUGUAUGUCUAAAUGACUCAAAUUGUCUAAUCUCCAUGUAAAACUCUUAAUCUUCUCCCAAAUAUCCACGAUGUUCACCAUAAUACCAUAAUAUCCACCCCAACUUUAAUCUCCACUAAUAUGGUAAAAUUUUCAUCCAAUCCACAAAAAAUUCUCAAAUUAUUUACCCUCAUCUGAACCCAUAUACCCUAAUCUGCACUGAAAUAUCCAGGUGUUUACACAAAUAUAUUAUUGUUCACUGCAAACCCAAAAUACUGCAAUUCUCAAGAAAUAAAAGGCAUAACAAAGGCAUAACCUACAUAAAAUCCAAUCUAAUAACUUUUUCAGGGCCUUAAAUACUCUAAGCUCUAUCCCAGUUCUCCACCCUAAAGGGUUAUCCGAAUGCCCUGAUUCCCACACACAGCCAACCAAAACACCACAAUCUCCACUUCAUUUUACAUCAUUUUUAUGUAAUUAAUAGUUUUCAAUAAAAAUACCAUAGAGGUCAGUUUUUCAGGCUAAUCUCCUGAAUUCUCAAACCGAAUCAGAGAGAGGUGAAGGCUCAGCACUUCUGAUGUCUGGAAUUGUGUCCUGGCCUCUUGCCUCUUUUGGGCCCCUGAGCUUUUAACUAUUAUUGUUAUUAGUGUUGAUUGUCCAUAACUGAACAUCUGACUCUGUUUUUCUAUAAAAAGAAAAAAAAAAGAAAGAAUAAACAGAAUUAAUCGAAUUAUUAAUCCACAAACACAUGAACAGUGAUGUGUCGCUGCAUGGCUGUCUUGAUGUGAUGCACUUUUAAAAACUUUAUUGUGAAGGUCUUUAAACCCUAAAGCAUUGUUUUGUCUGUGCAAAGUGAAUUAUAUCUAAGAGCUAUUCAGUUUUUUAGACAAAAAAAAAAACAUCAGAAAUGGUUCUUUAGAGAAAGCAGUUAAUAUGUCGCUGUUACUGAUGGUGUAGCAUUUUGCAGGGAAGGUUUUAAUGAGGUCUGUUUUGUAAGAGCAUUUCUUCCAGAUUGUGAUGUAUAUUCAUCGUAUAUGAGGCUGGUUUAUGCACUUUUGUACUACGUCACUUUCUGUCCAUGUUGGUGUUGAUCUUGUGCUUUAACGUACACCAGGGCUGAUGAUAUGAUAUGUAUUGCUGUACGAGAUAUGAAACUAGGUAUUGUCAGGACAUUUUGAGUAUUGUAACGUCUGAAAUAUCAUGUUCCUGGCCUUCGAUGAUGCAUUGCAUGAAAAUGACCCAAUCACUCAUUAGUGUUGAUCAGAGAAUUACUAGCACAACAUCACACAAUGUCAUGAUCUUGUCAGUCCAUGUUUAACAGAGAAGCUGAUCUUUUCACAGUAUUAUGAACAUUGUGAUGAAUAUUGUUGUUGUCAAAAAGCUCUACCUGGUUGUGUUGUUUGUGUGUGUUGUUGUUCUCAUGUGCCACAACUCACUAUAUUCUUUGGUUGGGUUUUAUAUUUUUAUUACC